AUGAUAAACAGAUUAAAUAAAGAACUUAAAGAUUUGACAAUUUUAACACUCUACCUUGGGUAAAAUAAUACCUGAUCCUGAUCUAAGAUUAUAGUAAAGGUUUAAUAUAUAAAUAUUAGAUGGAUGGCAAUAGUGACAGGACCAGAAGGCACACCUUAUCAAGGAUGAAAGUUUAAACUCUCCAGAGAAUUACCCAUUUAAAACUACGUUCUUUUAGUUCUAAACUAAAAUAUUCCAUUCAAAUAUUGGUGAAGAUGGCUUGUUGUGUGAAGAUAAGAUUGAAACGAAGGUAUUUUUGAUUACAUUGUAUAAAGGAAAAAUGGUAACCAACAAAGACGGUCAAAUAUUUAUUGAAAUUAAUCUACAAAAUCCUAAGAUAAGUCAAUCCUUAUGACUUUCAUAACAUGGAAGCAAUGAAUAUGUACCGUGAAGACAAGAAUAAAUUUGAAGAGUUUGCUAGAAUUUAAACAAAAAAGCAUGCUACAUGA